AUGAGCGAGAACGCGUCCAAGAGAAUGAGGGCGGAUUCCGGACAGGCACCCAUCACUCCGAUCUCGCCGAUCUUUUCCAAGAGCCCGCAAAUGCCCUCGCAGGUCAUUACUAUCUGCCCCGAAGGAGAUGCGAUCAUCGUUGCCAGCGGUGUCGGUGGAAGGGCGGUCUCAAUCGGUCUCCGCGCGUCCACGGAGUUAUUGAGCAUCUCAUCUCCAGUUUUCAAGCGUCUCUUAGCCGAACAGCAGCCUUUCCAGGAACAAGGCGCACUUUCCAGGCCCACGAGACUCAUCACGCUCACAGCCGACCCUGGAACUGCCUUGUUCACCUUGCUCAACGUCCUCCAUCUCCGCAAUGAGGUUCUUCCGGCUCGAGUGGACCCGAAAGAGUUGUCACAAUUCGUCGAGAUAGCCGCCAAAUACUCCUGCCUACCUGCUGCCUCCCGCGCAGCUUCGCCAUGGCUCGACCACAUCUACCAUCGAUACCCCGACCCACCACUCUACCAGAUGGCCAAAGCAGCCUUGGUCCUUGGCGACGCCAUCUAUUUCGCUCGAUUCUCUUCUCGCUGGGUCUUGGAAGCAGAUUUCAGCCAGCAAUCAACACCCACCAUCCCCAUGAAUCAUCCUCACCACCGCCUUUCCAAAGCUCUUCUUCAGCGACAGAUGGACGGUAUCCAGGCUCUCCGCAUCGAUUUUGAUGACAUACACAGCCCUCUUGCAGACGCUCUCUCAAGCCAGUACAAGCACUACGUCGAUACGCCUCCUGGAGAUGACGGCACAUCGAUUGCGAUGGGAGGCGAUCCAGAUGCAGAAUACUGCGUUUCCGACAAGGAAGGUGCACUCGAAUACCUGGCUGCCCUCCGCGAUGCCAAGCUGUGGCCAGAGAGCCUCUGGCCCAGAACCAACCUCGCAGCAAUCACAGACUUGGUGGCGAAAUUACGCAUCCCAGAGUAUGAUGCUAGUGACGCCUGCCAUUUCUGCGCACAUGUGGAUGAGGAAUUCGCAAAUGCGAUGGAUGACGUGAGGCUGGACCACAAGGAUCGUCUCUGGGGACUUUGUUUGGAGUGCUACAAGGCGGGUGGCAUCAGGGCAGAAGAAUGCACCUACCAGCACGAGAAGCCGAGUUCUCAGGUUUGGUUGGUCAAGCUCAAGGGCAACGUCAGUGGACAACAUCCGUGA